AUGAAGGCCACAGCUUAUAUUUUUUCGCUUUGCUGCGCCUUGCCUGCGGCAAUGGGCCUCGUGGCUCCACGUAACGGCUUCGCAGUACAUGUCCCGUCCUGGCAGUUCCAAGUGACGCCUGGAGGAGAGACCGUUGUACUCAAUGGCACCAUUGAGGAGGCCCGCGCCCAGCUCCUGAAGCUCAACCCAAACUGGGACUCGGACUUCCCCAGAAAAAACACUACGGAGCUGAAAAAGCGGGAAGCGGACUUUCCCCCGAACGCGAAGUUCAACUGCGACUCGAAGCGUGGGUUUGGAGGCGCCGGAGUCCUGCAGGGCAUCGUCAACGACCUGGACUAUAGCCGAGACAUCCCGCUUCUUCCAUGGGGUCCGGGUACAUGCGCACAGGUUGCCUGCCGAUGGGAUACUGCUGUCUGGUGGUGUAACGAUAACUUCAGAUUGUUUGCCCUGGAUUCAUAUAGCCGGAUAGCGAACGGCGUUUCGUUCAUCUACAGCCAUUGCUACGUCCCCUCAAAGGAUGCCACCGUGGCUGGCCAGGUGUUUCACAGGGAGAACUGGAACGUUAUUGUCAGCGCUGGCGAUUGCUAG